UAACGCCACACACUCCAGCCUGGCCGACAGAGCCAGACUCUCUCAAAACAAUAGUAAUAAAUGACAAUAAAGUUAGGGGUGAUCAGGCCCUGAACAGGGAAGUGUUCUGUGCAAGGUCACACAGCAAAGAAGAUAACCCGGGUGCCCACAUCUCAGCCCAGAGUCUUGACCCCUCUGUCAUCAGUUGCACACAUGCUGCACACUACACCAGCCCCUGGGUUUCUCUACACAUCUGAUUUCUCCAGGCCCGGACUGUGGGUGGCUUUUUGGACAGAAGGAAGCAGAAAACAGCAGGAGCUAGGACCACACCUCAAACAGAAACCCAGGUGGGAUUGCUCUGAGGCUUCAGGCGGGGGAGGCUGGCCUGAAAGCCGAUCUCCAAGAGGGUGUGGCUCCAAAACGCUGGCAAAUAAAAGCCUGGAGAGUCAGCACCAGUCUGGAGACCAGCGGGAGGCACGGGAAAACUGCAAGCCGUUCUGUUCCUGGGCCUCGGAAGUGAUGCUCAUGGCAUCCCCCCAAACCCUGGUCCUCUGUCUGCUGGUCCUGGCAGUCACUGAAGGCUGGGGCCAAGAGGCAGCCAUCCCAGGCUGCCACUUGCACCCCUUCAAUGUGACAGUGCGAAGUGACCGCCAAGGCACCUGCCAGGGCUCCCACGUGGCACAGGCCUGUGUGGGCCACUGUGAGUCCAGCGCCUUCCCUUCUCGGUACUCUGUACUGGUGGCCAGUGGCUACCGACACAAUAUCACCUCUGUCUCUCAGUGCUGCACCAUCAGUGGCCUGAAGAAGGUGAAAGUACAGCUGCACUGUGUGGGGAGCCAGAGGGAGGAGCUCGAGAUCUUCACCGCCCGGGCCUGCCAGUGUGACAUGUGUCGCCUCUCCCGCUACUAGCCCAUCCUCUCCCUUCCUUCCUCCCCUGGGGCACAGGGCUUGCCAUUCUGAUGGGGAAAACCUGGGUUUGAGAUUCAAAAACUGGAAGGUACUCCAACCCUGCUGGUUACUUGCUAUGGAAUUUUUUUAAGUAACACGGGGUUGUUCCAGCUCUGACCCUCUAAGAUUUUGUGACUGUCACCUCCUGAGAAGAGGGGAGUUUCUGCUGCUUCCCUGCCUCUCUCUGGCUCUUCUAAACCAAUCUUUCAUCAUUUUACUUCCCUCUUUUCCCUUACCCCUAAAUAAAGCAAGCAGUUCUUGA